CCGACAUGGGGCCGGUGUGGGGGCUGAUGUGGGGCUGGUGUGGCCACAGCGGCGGAGCGCAGGUGGCCCAGGAGCGGGGGGCAGCUGAGGGACCUUCCCUAUGGUCAGCAGCACCUGGGCACCAUGUGGGCAGAGCAGCCGUGGCUGCCACAGAGCUGGGCCAGGCAACCAGCAACGGGCUGGCCCUGGAGAUGGGCUCCACUUCUGCCUGCCAGCAGCGGUCUGGAGAGGAGGAACAUCUGGACCCCCAAACCUCAAGGAACAGCACUUCGCCCGGGCGCUGGAAGGAGAAGGCAAUGCUGCUGCGCCUUCCCCGGCUGCGAGGGGGGAUGCCCGGGUGCCCCCCAGGUGAGCUGGCAGCCAGCUUAAACCCACAGGAUUUGGAGAAGUUUCUUUCCACUCACCCAGGGAGCGGGUCAGGACCCUCUGCUCCUCUGGGGUCUGCAGAGCAUCCCAUCCUCGCCAGCGGGUGCCGGGAGCAGGGGGCAGGACGGACACAGAUGCUGGGAGGAUUCACCCCCUCCCAAGGCAGGCGUACGAGCUGCUCGUAUCAAAGCUGAGCCACGUCCUCUCUCCUGCCCGUGUUCCUGGGGGUCCCGGCCGAGGCAGCUCCCCGAGAC